CCGAAAAUAAAUUCGCCCAACUCGGUGCUUAAUGGGCUUCAUCAUCCUUGGAGAACUGGAUCAAUAGACUUCAUUAUAUGUGGAGAAUAGCCUCGGGCUGAAUCCGUGAUCUGUAGCCUCCAAAAUAGAGAGAAAAUGGCAUUUCGGAAAAAUCGACCGAAAUCUGUGAUGGUACCCCUUUGCAAUCUGCCAAAAAUGGACCCGGAAGAAAUCCGCCCAAAUCGGUCCUUAUAGGACUUAAUCGACGUUGAAGAAUAGCCUCAGGCCGAAUCCGUGAUCAGUAGCCUUCAAAAACCAAUGGAAAUGGGCCUUUCGGAAAAAAAUCCCCCAAGAUAUUACGAUAAUGCCAUCAAAAAAUAAAUUCGCCCAAAUCGGUGCUUAAUGGGCUUCAUCAUCCUUGGAGAAUUGGAUCAAUAGACUUCAUUUUAUGUGGAGAAUAGCCUCGGGAUGAAUCCGUUAUCUGUAGCCUCCAAAAUAGAGAGAAAAUGGCAUUUCGGAAAAAUCGCCCGAAAUCUGUGAUAGUACCCCUUUGCAAUCUGCCAAAAAUGAAACCGGAAGAAAUCCGCCCAAAUCGGUCCUUAAUGGACUUAAUUGACGUUGAAGAAUAGCCUCAUGCCGAAUCCGUGAUCAGUAGCCUUCAAAAACCAAUGGAAAAUGGCCUUUCGAAAAAAAUCCCCCAAGAUAUUACGAUAAUGCCAUCCGAAAAUAAAUUCGCCCAAAUCGGUGCUUAAUGGGUUUCAUCAUCCUUGGAGAAUUGGAUCAAUAGACUUCAUUUUAUGUGGAGAAUAGCCUCAGGAUGAAUCCGUUAUCUGUAGCCUCCAAAAUAGAGAGAAAAUGGCAUUUCGGAAAAAUCGCCCGAAAUCUGUGAUGGUACCCCUUUGCAAUCUGCCAAAAAUGAAACCGGAAGAAUUCCGCCCAAAUCGGUCCUUAAUGGACUUAAUCGACGUUGAAGAAUAGCCUCAGGCCGAAUCCAUGAUCAGUAGCCUUCAAAAACCAAUGGAAAAGGGCCUUUCAAAAAAAAUGCCCCAAGAUAUUACAAUAAUGCCAUCCGAAAAUGAAUUCGCCCAAAUCGGUGCUUAAUGGGCUUCAUCAUCCUUGGAGAAUUGGAUCAAUAGACUUCAUUAUAUGUGGAGAAUAGCCUCGGGCUGAAUCCGUGAUCUGUAGCCUCCAAAAUAGAGAGAAAAUAGCAUUUCGGAAAAAUCGCCCGAAAUCUGUGAUGGUACCCCUCUGCAAUUUGCCAAAAAUGGACCCGGAAGAAAUCCGCCAAAAUCGGUCCUUAAUGGACUUAAUCGACGUUGAAGAAUAGCCUCAGGCCGAAUCCGUGAUCAGUAGCCUUCAAAACCCAAUGGAAAAGGGCCUUUCAAAAAAAAUCCCCCAAGAUAUUACGAUAAUGCAAUCCGAAAAUAAAUUCGCCCAAAUCGGUGCUUAAUGGGCUUCAUCAUCCUUGGAGAAUUGGAUCAAUAGACUUCAUUAUACGUGGAGAAUAGCCUCGGGCUGAAUCCGUGAUCUGUAGCCUCCAAAAUAGAGAGAAAAUGGCAUUUCGGAAAAAUCGCCCGAAAUCUGUGAUGGUACCCCUUUGCAAUCUGCCAAAAAUGGACCACUACCAGGGGAUUCCGAGAUCCGCUCUCAGAUCGCAUUAAGAUUCCAGUCUGAAAUAAAGAAUGAAAGCGCGGAAGAAUCAACAGACUUCUCCCUUCUUCAUUGAUCCUGGGGAAAAGGAACCGUCUACCAGUUGGGAAGCUAGACAUCAAGUAAGUGGCUUGAUGAGGAUAACUAAGCUGACACACCGGAGUUGGCUGCUGGCGCUUACGAAUUUAUUCUUGCUGCUUAGGCUGAGAUGGGACAAAGGACCUUGCUUUCAGAAGUCUCAGUACCUGGAAUAGGAAUUAUUCAAUUGGGGGACACCCUCUCAUUGACCUUCACUCGAGGAAGAGAUCCGCCCAAAUCGGUCCUUAGUGGACUUAAUCGACCUUGAAGAAUAGCCUCAGGCCGAAUCUGUGAUCACUAGCCUUCAAAAACCAAUGGAAAAGGACCUUUCGAAAAAAAUCCACCAAGAUAUUACGAUAAUGCCAUCUGAAAAUAAAUUCGCCCAAAUCGGUGCUUAAUGGGCUUCAUCAUCCUUGGAGAAUUGGAUCAAUAGACUACAUUAUAUGUGGAGAAUAGCCUCGGGCUGAAUCCGUGAUCUGUAGCAUCCAAAAUAGAGAGAAAAUUGCAUUUCGGAAAAAUCGCCCGAAAUCUGUGAUGGUACCCCUUUGCAAUCUGCCAAAAAUGGACCCGGAAGAAAUCCGCCCAAAUCGUUCCUUAAUGGACUUAAUCGACGUUGAAGAAUAGCCUCAGGCCGAAUCCGUGAUCAGUAGCCUUCAAAAACCAAUGGAAAAGGGCCUUUCGAAAAAAAUCCCCCAAGAUAUUACGAUAAUGCCAUCCGAAAAUAAAUUCGUCCAAAUCGGUGCUUAAUGGGCUUCAUCAUCCUUGGAGAAUUGGAUCAAUAGAUUUCAUUAUAUGUUGAGAAUAGCCUCGGGCUGAAUCCGUGAUCUGUAGCCUCCAAAAUAGAGAGAAAAUGGCAUUUCGGAAAAAUCGCCCGAAAUCUGUGAUGGUACCCCCCUUUGCAAUCUGCCAAAAAUGGACCCGGAAGAAAUCCGCCCAAAUCGGUCCUUAAUGGACUUAAUCGACGUUGAAGAAUAGCCUCAGGCCGAAUCCGUGAUCAGUAGCCUUCAAAAACCAAUGGAAAAGGGCCUUUCGAAAAAAAAUCCCCCAAGAUAUUACGAUAAUGCCAUCCGAAAAUAAAUUCGCCCAAAUCGAUGCUUAAUGGGCUUCAUCAUCCUUGGAGAAUUGGAUCAAUAGACUUCAUUAUAUGUGGAGAAUAGCCUCGGGCUGAAUCCGUGAUAUGUAGCCUCCAAAAUAGAGAGAAAACCGCAUUUCGGAAAAAUCGCCCGAAAUCUGUGAUGGUACCCCUUUGCAAUCUGCCAAAAAUGGACCUGGAAGAAAUCCGCCCAAAUCGGUCCUUAAUAGACUUAAUCGACGUUGAAGAAUAGCCUCAGGCCGAAUCCGUGAUCAGUAGCCUUCAAAAACCAAUGGAAAAGGGCCUUUCAAAAAAAAUCCCCCAAGAUAUUACGAUAAUUCUAUCCGAAAAUAAAUUAAUCCAAAUCGGUGCUUAAUGGGCUUCAUCAUCCUUGGAGAAUUGGAUCAAUAGACUUCAUUAUAUGUGGAGAAUAGCCUCGGGCUGAAUCCGUGAUCUGUAUCCUCCAAAAUAGAGAGAAAAUGACAUUUCGGAAAAAUCGCCUGAAAUCUGUGAUGGUACCCCUCUGCAAUCUGCCAAAAAUGGACCCGGAAGAAAUCCGCUCAAAUCGGUCCUUAAUGGACUUAAUCGACGUUGAAGAAUACCCUCAGGCCGAAUCCGUGAUCAGUAGCCUUCAACAACCAAUGGAAAAGGGCCUUUCGAAAAAUAUCCCCCAAGAUAUUACGAUAAUGCCAUCCGAAAAUAAAUUCGCCCAAAUCGGUGCUUAAUGGGCUUCAUCGUCCUUGGAGAAUUGGAUCAAUAGACUUCAUUAUAUGUGGAGAAUAGCCUCGGGCUGAAUCCGUGAUCUGUAGCCUCCAAAAUAGAGAGAAAAUGGCAUUUCGGAAAAAUCGCCCGAUAUCUGUGAUGGGACAGAUCACGGCUUCGGCAUGAAGCUUUUCUUCAACGAUGAUUAAGUCCAUUAAGCGCCGAUUUGGGCAGAUUUAUUCCGGGUCAAUUUUUGGCAGAUUCCAAAGGGGUACCAUCACAUAUUUCGGUCCGUUUUUCCAAAAUGUAUUUUCUUUCGAUUCUGGAGGCUGUAGAUUGCGGAAUCAGGUCGAGGCUAUUCUCUACCGAUAAUGAAGUCUAUUGAUUCUA